AUUACAAUCGAGUCAUCGAUAACUGGUUAAUGGUUAAUCAGUCUAAUUAAAUUGUAAAUUAAAAGUAAAAACUCGGUAAUUACUAAUCAUGGCCACUUUGGAAGACAAAUUGCUGGGUGAGAAACUGGAGUACUACUGCAGCAGCAGCGAGGGCGAGGACAAUGGCGACGAGGGUGACGAUUCCAAGGGCGCAUCCGGGAAAUCCCGAUCCUCCGGCCUGACCAUUGACACAAAUCCGGAUGCGGCUCCGGCCGGGGGAUUCCGGCAGCAGGGCUCCACGAACACGGGACCCAAAGGCGUGGUCAAGGACUGGCAGAGAUUCAAGCAACUGGAAGCGGAGCGCCGGGAUGAAACGGAGCGCCAAAGGCUGGCAUUGGCCAAGAAGCUCACUAUUACCACGGCUACAUCGGCGGAGGAUGAGGAGCGCAAGCGGCAGGAGGAGCUGGACUCCGAGCUGGAUGAGCUGAUGAGCGAGGAAUUCCUGCAGCAGUACCAGAAGCAGCGGAUGGCCGAGAUGCUACGCCAGACAGGACACCACCAGCAGUUUGGCCAGGUGCAGCAGUUGACCAGCCACGGGGAAUUCCUCGAGUGCGUGGAGCAGGAGAACAAGCACACCACCAUCAUUAUCCACAUCUACGAACGCCAGUUGGCCGCAUGUACUACCCUGAACAAGUGCCUGGACAGUCUGGCCAGCGAUUAUCCGUCCAUCAAGUUCGCCAAGAUCUGCAGUUCCGUGGCCGGAAUGAGUCGGGAUUUCCGCACCAAAGGAUUGCCAGCCCUGCUGGUUUAUAAGGCCCAAGCGGUCAUCGGGAACUUUGUGCGGCUAACAGACGACCUCAGCGACGACUUCUUUGCCUCCGAUGUCGAGAGUUUUCUCAUCGAGCAUGGCAUCUUAGUGGACCGAGCUUUGUACAAUUAAGUUGUUGGCUAAAGUCCUAAGAUUAUGAACUGACAAGUAACAUAAAACCCAUAGUUUUAGAUUUCAAAAUUAUAAAGAGUAUAAAUAUUUGCAAAUUUUGUAAUGCAUGUAUAAGACCUUUUAUUAAAUUCAGAAAAUAGACUUGAAAUUCCUGAAGGUCGUUUUUGAACUAAAAGUAUAUAUUUUUGGAAUCUACAAGUUACUUGUCAGUUCAAUUUGAGGCUUACACGCUCCCACAACAUCUGACCAAAUGUGUUCGUAAGACUAGCAUUUAAGAGAACUUAAGCCAGGCCCGCCCUUUUUACUUUUUCAAUUUAAUUAUUUAUUUUUUCCAUUCAGUAAUUAGUUACAUUAUAUGUAUGAUUCUUUUCUCUUCUUUUGUUUUGUAUACAGAACUUCUCGAAGUGCAACUUUCACAAAAUGGAAAAUGUCUCAGAAACGGGGUAAAUCAAAGAAAUAAUAAAAUUCGAUUAAAAAUAUUUGAAAAAUGUAUUCGAAAUGCAUUUUACACUUGAAAUUGUAUGGAACAGAUCCUGCUCACUAAAUAUAGCGUACAUCUAUAACCUUUCCGUCAUCAUUUACAAUACGAAUUAUAUUUAUGUAAUAGUAUUUAGUGGCUAAUGAAUGUACUUCACUCGAACUCGUACUCUGUAAGAUU